CUUCAACGGAGUGCGGAAGUGCAUCAUUCCCCGAGUGAACGAAACGCGAAACACUAUUGUCCGCAAACGCGCGCGUCUCCCGAGCAACUCCUGUCAGUGCAGGGUGGCUGAGUAAGGGAAUUUAACUCUUGACCCAGAAAAAAAUAUCGAUGAAAAUCGAACGCAAGGGAAACUGGUAGUACUCUAUUUGUAUACUGAAAAGUACACUGACAGCUGGAAUAAAGAAAACAAAUAGCUGGUGUCCACCUUCUUGUAUACUUAAAAGAACACUGGCCGCUGGAAAACAAACAGCUGGUGUUCUUUACUCAACAGGAAUGCUGAGUACCAGUGAUGAAAACGCCGUCGUGACUCAUGUUUAGCUUCCAGUUAUCAGACUAUAAACAGAAUCAACAGCACUGCGCCCUGUUUUCAUUCAAGGAGAGAGAGACUCAUCCCAUACUCGGGUCAAGAAGAUCCACGUCUUCCAGAUCUUCCCGUGGUGGUAGAUCUCGCCAUCCAGGCCCGUUGAAGAUUUGCAGAAAUCCCAAUAUUCAGGGAGGUCCUCCCUCCCGGAGCCGGAAACUCUCGUUUUGGUUUCGUUGGACCGUCAUCAUGGCUGCCAACGUCCUCCUGCCUAUACUCUUCCCCCUCUCCGACGAGCUCGACUUCCCAAAUGUUACAAAGUUCCUGAGGAUAGGCCUGGCAGACAAGAACGACCACCCACCCUUCUUUGAACAGUCCCUCUACGAGGUCGAACUCGAAGAGGACGAGGCAGUCAACCAGAGCCUCCUCACCCUCUCAGCCAGGGACCUCGACGAAGCAUCGCGAAUGUUCUACGAAAUCGUUGAAGGGAACGAAGACAAGACAUUCGUUAUUGGCAACGUGACUGGAGUCUUGUAUUUAGCUAAACCCCUCGAUUACGAAAAAAGGAAGAAGGCAAGUAGAAUGGAUAAUUUAGGUUUCUACAUACGAAGGUGA